AUAAAGCUUAAGCGGGCAAGACUUUGUUAACAACCCUAGGCGCGAUCCAAAUAGGCAUUUAAUUUGCAAUAACGGUCCAUAAGCACUUGAAGAGCAGGGCAGAAGAGCUAGUUGCGAAAGCCAAAUCCAUGGCGGCAAAAGAAGCGAAAAGCCAGAGAGUUCAAAAGUAGGUUAACGAAGAUGAAGAACAAGAAUGGAAGAGAGACAAUUUUAGCUUAUAAUGGUGCUCAAAGCAGCUCACUAAUCGCGAACUUCCAUUGGGUUAUAAUUCUUGGCUGAGUUAUUUAUGAGAAAUAGUUGCCGAUGAUGUCUUCUGAAACAAGCUCAAAGAAUAGUAAGCCGAUUAGGAAAGUGAAACUUGCUAUUGAGAAAUCAAAGAACCAUAAGGCAGGUGUUGGAACCCUAGAGUCGAAGCAAAAUAUUUCUCGAGGGAGUAAAACUUCUCAAAAUAGAAAGAUUAAGCCAGAUGAUAUUUCUUAUGCUGGCAAGAAUAGUUCACACAAGGCAAAGAAUAGUGGGAAGAGUAUUGUAAAAUCAAAGACUAAAGAUGAAGAUAGGCACGGAGGUGUAGAGGGAUAUGAAGCGCUGAUUAAUGAGAAUAGGGGGUUCAAACCAAUGAAUUCUGGUAGGAAGAGGAAGAGAAUCUAUGCUGACCACAAUACAGGUGAGGGACGAACAAUGCACAGCAAGGUGGAAACGCCCGGUUGGAAGGCAUUGUCUAAAGUUGGGAAGAACAAGCUUAAAGAUGAUAUGGCUGAAGAAAAACGGACCACCAAAGUCAAAUCUCAUGAUAUUCAGCAAUUUGCUAGGAAAAACUCUUCAAUAGGGGGAAGAAUAUCUAAAGAGAAUGAAGUACUUGAUAAGAAAUGCAUUUCUGUUUCUGGAGCCAAGGGAAAGGCUGCUGAUAAAAUAAAAUAUUUUGAAUUGGAUGGUGGAGGGAAUGGUAUGUUGACCAAAAGUGUCAAAAGCAAAUCCCCCUCAAGCAAGCAAUCAGAUCAGAAUGAGAACAAAAAUGCAGCUGAAUUUCUUGCAAAAUAUCCCAAGAAAAAGGUUCACGACAAGAAGAGCUUUACUGGUGAUGCAGAGGUAAUGGAUGGCCGGCUGAAGAAGACAAAGCGAGUAAUACGGAUAGAUCCACACGACAUCACAAAUAAGCGGCUGGAUGAUGCCAUAGUUACUAAUGAUAAUAGCAAAGAGAAGAAGGAAGAUGUGGAAAAAAAUGUUGAAAUGUCAAAAAAUGCACAGUUUCGAGCAAUACAACCUAGCCUUUCUGUCCUUUCGUUUGUGGAAGACAAUGUAAAUUGUUCUAGACAGUCCUUGUAA